AGGUGUCACGUGGUCAGAGUUGUUUACCACGUGGUUUGCGUGUCACCUCUUAAAAAGACUGAACCGAGUUAUUUAGAGUUGUCCGUGGGUGUUGUUUUUGUGUCUAACCUUGCUAUUUACAUGCGCUAAAAACCACCACCUUGGUGCAUUUUAUUAUUCGGUCGGUUUUAAUGACUUUUUAGUCUGGCAUUUAGAUCAUAACUCUGGCAGACGGUUGAUUAUUUAGACACAGCUAGCGUUAGCUAGCAGACCCCACAUCAGAGCUAACAGCUAGCUGCUUAGCAGUGAUGGAGUGGUUGGGCAACGGAGCACCAGUUUGCCGCGAUGAAGAGUCUAACACUGACCCAGCUUUCAGAGCCACUGGCUACAGUGUUGUUCCCCCUCACCAGCAGCAUUCACCAUCACCACACAUUUGUGACUGUGCCAUGGCUUCACUGUGCCAGAGCCAGCAGCGCUGUGUGAAGGCCUCUAUCGUUUCCAGCUGGAGACUCGCAGAGGCACAGGACCAGCUGUGUUCGUUAGGGGUCCACAACUCUGAGUCCCUGGAGCAGGAACGUGCUCGGACUCUGGCAUGCCCCACAGAACUCACUCACUCUGAGGAGGAGUGGCGCCGCAAGGAGAGCAUGCUGGGAGGUCAGGAACCCAGCCGCAGUCCUGUGCUCGGAACCGUCGGAAGUUGGGAUGUUUUUGAUAAGAGUGUCAUUAAUGUCCACAAUCAACCUGUUGAGCUGGAUCACGACAAGUGCAAGACAUUUCUUCAAAAGUAUGAGCAAGAGAUUAAGCAUUUUGGUAUGCUGCGGAGGUGGGAUGACAGUCAGCGAUUCCUCGCCGACAUGCCUCAGCUCAUCUGUGAGGAAACGGCCAAUUAUUUAAUUUUGUGGUGCAUGAGACUACAACAAGAAGGGAAAGAAGCACUGAUGGAGCAGGUGGCGCACCAAGCUGUAGUCAUGCAGUUCAUCCUGGAGACAGCCUCAAACUCUCAGCAGGAUCCCAGAGGCUGCUUCAGAUAUUUCUUCCACAAAGCCAAAGAAGGACAAGAUGUCUACUUAGAAGUCUUCCAUGCAGAACUUGAGGCCUUUAAACAUAGAGUUAAAGAAUACGCAGCCAAAUGUAGAGGUGAUACAGCCAACAGUGUUGAGCAGAAGAACACUGACACAAACUGCAGACUUAACCCCAAAGAAGCUCUGGACUCCUUAUCCUCUGUGGCAGAAUACAAUAUGAAACGUUGUAUAGAGACUGGACUGUGGACAAGCACAGGGAGGUGGACAAAGGAUGACACUACAGAAACGGACGAUAUACGCAUGAUGGAGACCUCCUAGGGCAUGUAGGAUUGGCCCUUGAUUUUCUUCCACUGUAAUCAUCUCCCCAUUUAGGAACGACAUGAGUCUGAAGCGCUCUUUACACAGCAGACCAGGCUGGGAAAUGCCAGUGCAGAACAGGAAUAAAUGGAGAUGUAUUCUGUC